CUGGUCACCGCUUCUGAAUUCCAUCUUUUUUUCCACACCCUUCCUAAGCUCCCGAAUCAAAGUUUUAUUUCAGUAUUAGUGACCACGUCGUCUGCGUUUUCACUUCGCCAGCCUAUGAACUCUAUGAACCUCAUCAUUCGAGACGAUCAUCACCAUCUUAUCGUCGACAGUAGACCAAAGAUUUAUCGUCUUUUUUCGAGUCCAAUUUUCGUCGAAAUCCCGACAAAUUUAAGUUUUCGAGCCAUAAUUGUCGUAUCGGUCGUCAUCAACUGCAGCGAUAGCCACUCCUUCCGAUGCUCUGGAGGCUAUUGCUCGUCUGUAUGUGUGCCAAGUUCUCUUCGUUGCGAUUCCAUCGACAACUGCCUUAUCGACGAAAUAGCCUGCGGAAAUGAAACGGAAAAAUUAACGCAAUUGAACAGUUCAUUCCGUUACCACACAAUUCUGAGGUCGAGCCAACUCAUGCUAGUGGGCUUUUUCGUUCUUAACGGUGCAUUUAUUGUAUUCUUCCUGUUACUGUCCAUAUGCUCUGUAAGCGGAUGUUUCUCGCGGAAACUUUUUCGGAAGAAAACCAGAGCCUCUAGGAUGACAUUUGUCAAAUACCUCAGGUUAGCUUCUCAUUCAACGUGUACUCCCCUCUUUCAGAAAAAGCAUUCCAAUGGUCUUUCUUUCGUCACUUUCACUACAUCACCAGCACUUCGAGAAGUCGAACCUGAGGUGGAAGAUCGCAGUUUGAUGGCUCCAAAAGAGGAAAUCUGCAGUCUGCCUUCUUAUCAGCCGGAGGUGAGCAUAUCGGUAGUGGCUCCACGCUUAUGCAGUGUGCUGCCUAUAUGUAUAUGA